AAAGACCAGUAGACGUGCGCAAUGUCACCCCCAAAGGAGAAGGACGUGCUGUCCAUUAAGGACGGACAUUUCGUGGACCAACAUGGCCGUGUCACACUGUUGCGUGGUGUGAAUCUCGGUGGCUCGUCCAAGCUGCCUUUCAGUUACGGACACACCGACGAUCAGGACAUGAGCGACUUCUUCGAUGGCGCCGCCUCCGUGUCGUUUAUUGGUCGCCCAUUCCCUCUAGAGGAGGCGGACUUGCACUUGUCGCGUCUGCAGCGUUGGGGACUCACGUUUCUGCGCUUCAUCGUGACGUGGGAGGCCAUCGAGCACGCCGGACCAGGCCAGAUCGACCACGAAUACCUCAAAUACAUUCGUGCAGUUGUGGAGAAGGCUGCAGACUAUAACAUGCAAGUGUACAUUGACCCGCACCAAGACGUCUGGUCCCGCUGGACGGGAGGUGACGGAGCCCCCAUGUGGACGCUGGAAUGCAUCGGCUUUGAGCCUCGCAACUUCGAGCCCACCAAGGCAGCUUUGUGUCUCGAGACGUGCGGACUACCAGCCUCCAAGUUCCCAAAGAUGAUCUGGCCGACAAACUACGGUAAACUGGCGUGUGCCACCAUGUUCACGCUCUUCUGGGCCGGUAAGAAAUACGCACCCAAAUGUUACGUGGACGGUGUGCAGAUCCAGGAGUAUCUACAGUCGUACUACUUGGAUUCACUCGUGGCUCUGGCUGAAGCCUUGAAGGGCCUGACGAAUGUUGUGGGGUUCGGCACGAUGAACGAGCCUUCGAGUGGGUUUAUCGGCGUCAAGGACCUCAACAAAUCUGUGGGGAUCAUCCAGAACGGAUACGCGCCCACUGCGUUGCAAGGGAUGGCGUUGGGCGAAGGUGUGGCGCAAGAUGUGGACGUCUGGAAUGCGGGAAUCAGGACGAUGAUUCGUGGUAAACCGUCUCGAGUGGAAAUCGUGGAUCCAAAUGGUGUGCGAGCGUGGAAAGAAGGCUUCGGAUGUGUGUGGAAAGAGGCGGGCGUGUGGCAUUUCGACGCCGAAGGGAAGCCUCAAGUGCUGAAACCGGAUUACUUCAGCGACGCUGACUUUGGCAAGGACUUUUACUUGCCAUUCGCCAAAACAUUCACGAAAAGACUGCAACAAGUCUUCGCAAACGCCAUGAUCUUCGUUGAGAUGCCCCCCGUGGACUUUGGCGACACGGAAUUCCCUCAAAUAAGCAACGAGGACAUCCCGAAUGCAGUGAAUGCCAUGCAUUGGUACGACAGCAUCACGCUCCUCACUACGACGUGGCGUUCGUACUUCACGGUGGACUUUGCCAGUGGCAAACCUGCAUUCGGUAACAAGUCUCUACGCAAGGUCCACCAACAACAACUCGCUCAUGUCGCCAGCUUUGGUCGGAACAAGAUGAACAACGCUCCGACGUUGAUCGGAGAGACUGGCAUCCCGUACAACAUGAACGACGCUCGUGCGUACAUCAGCGGAGACUACUCGGCGCAGAUUGAGGCCAUGGACAACACCAUCUCGAAUCUCGAGUCCCAGUUGCUGUCGUACACUUUGUGGAACUACACGGCGGACAACUCGCACGAGUUUGGAGAUCUGUGGAACCUGGAAGACCUGAGUAUCAGCAGUCCAGACUCGGAAGCGCUGGCGAUUCGUCUUGCUGGAGGCCACACGCGACGUCGGGAUGAUCCUGCGCGUGGCUUAAAGGGAUUUGCUCGUCCGUACGCUCGCAAGAUCACUGGCGUGCCUCUCAAGUCGACGUUCACUAUGGCUACAGCCGAGUAUGUGCUGGAGUACGUGUCGGGCAACACGAAAGCGUCAGCUCCGACCGAGAUCUACGUGCCGUAUGUACGCUACCCGGGUGGCUACCGAGUGACGUCGUCGGAUGGCCAAUGCACCAUCAAGAAGCACGAGAACUACGACAUUGUCACACGCGCCAACGCUCCGCUGUACAUCGCUCUGGCCGUCACUGCUGUUGCCGUCCCGCUGCUUACUCUGUACAAGCGUAGAUGA